UUAGGGUUUUUGGUAACUUAAAAACGUAAGCUACUUUGUAAAAAUCCGUCGCUUACUGGUCGGUCUUCUUUCACAUUUUCAUGCGCUUUGAGUAGCAUUUGUGGUUUCAGUUUCAUUUAAACUUUUUGUCUCAUCAUCUCUACUUUUUCGUAAGCGACAUCUUCGACUCAGCGGCAUAUAAGUCUGAGCGUCCAUUGAUUAGCAUUUAGUUGAAUUUUGAUUGCCAAGGGAAAUGCAUUUCUUCAUUGUGUCGUGUCUCCUAUGCCUUGCUACGGCGGUUCCCCAAGGAUACAACUACCAGGCCCAGCAAAAGGUGCAGUCGCAGGGGCAAGUAGGUCAACCACAUCCACUGUCCAUUCCACAGUUUGCUAACCUUGCGGAGCAUUCGCUUCUGCAGCAGGCGCUGCAGGCUCCAAAGGUGCAGCACGUCUUAUCCGGAGGAGAGGUCACCACACCUUACUCCACACUCCAUCAAAACCAGGAUUCUGCUUACCAACAGCAGCCUACGCAGCUUGUCGGAAAUUUAGCAUACAAUGCGUUGCCCCAGUCAUAUCAGCCGCAGCAGCAGCAGCAUCUCGUCUCCAAGGACAUCUAUGUACAUGUGCCACCCGCAGAAGAGCCGGAGGACCGCUAUCCUCAGCCCAACCUUCCGCCGGCACCGGCGCGCAAACACUACCGCAUCGUGUUCAUCAAGGCACCGACGCCAAGCGCCACCAAGACGGCACUGCGCAUCAAGCAAGCUCCUGUGGAGGAGAAGACCAUUAUCUACGUGCUGACCAAGAAGCCCGACCCGCUUGACCUGCAGGCGGCCAUCGAGGAAAUCGCACCCAAGCAACCUAGCAAGCCAGAGGUGUUCUUCAUAAAGUACAAGACCCAGGAGGAAGCUGCGCAUGCGCAACGCACAAUUCAAGCUCAAUAUGACCAGCUUGGAGGCACCUCUCAGGUAUCCGACGAGGGUGUCGCACCUGUUACGUCAGUAAUUGGCGUUCUGGACCACCAGGGCACCAGUGGAGUUUCUACCGGAAAGUUUUCAGGGGCCUUGGUGAACAACUACUUGCCCGUCAAUCUGCGUACUUAAGCAGAUAAACUGUCGUACUUUUAAGUAGUCAACUUUUGUAUAUACUUGUGUUUUGUUAAGUAAAGUGAAUAAUUGGCACACUCCGAUGAAAAUAAUAUAAAACGUUAGCCAUUUUCAAAUAAAUGAGAUUGGAGCAAGA